AUGGAAAAAAUCGACUGCGUUGUUGUAGGUGCCGGAUGGUACGGGCUAGGCGCUGCGAAGCAGUAUCACUGCACACAACCGGAGUCGUCGCUCGUCAUAUUCGAUUCCCAGCCCGCUCUUGGGGGCACGUGGGCUGAAGAUCGCGUAUAUCCAGGGCUCAAGAGCAACAACCUUCUGGGGACGUUUGAGUAUCCAGAUUUCCCCAUGAAAAGCGAUUCCUUCAACAUUUACCCUCGCCAACAUAUACCUGGACAAACCGUCAGCAACUACUUGAAGGCGUAUGCCGAAAAUUUCGGCAUUUCGGAUAAGAUUCGCUCGAGUCAUAAAGUAGUCACUGCAGAACAUCAAGAGACGGUCGAGGGCGGAUGGAUACUUACCGUAUCUAACCAGAGCGGAGAGGAGUUCAAGGUGUUUGCCCGUCGCCUCAUCAUCGCGACUGGACUCACAUCGGAGCCAUGGUUGCCGCACUUUGAAGGCCAGGAGUCGUUCGGUGGUAGGGUUUUCCACGGAAAACACUUUCAGCAGAACGCGGAUACUCUGGAAACGGCUAGGGUUGUGACUAUUUUUGGUGCUACUAAGUUCGCCUGGGAUGCUGCAUAUGCAUACGGGACUGCUGGCGUCAAGGUGAAUUGGAUUGUGCGAUCCAAAGGUCAUGGACCGUGUUGGAUGGCGCCUCCAUUCGUCACUCCGCUGAAGAAGCAGCUUGAGAAGCUGGCAAACACACGCAUGUUGACAUGGUUCAGCCCUUGCAUUUGGGGCAACGAGGAUGGUUACAGUGGCAUUCGCAACUUCUUCCAUGGUACUGCUAUUGGACGAGCUAUUGUGGACGGGUUUUGGAAGGUGCUGGGCAACGAUGCGAAGGCUCUCAUGGAAUAUGACUCCCACCCAGACACGGCAAAGCUGGAACCAUGGACUGAAGCCUUGUUCACAUCCACGAACUUCAGCAUUCUCAACUAUGACACCAGCCUGUUCGAUCUCAUUAGAAACGGCACAAUCAAAGUUCAUCUCGGAGAACUUGAUCACCUUAGUCCCGGGAAAGUCCACUUGUCCGAUGGAACGGAGCUAGAGGCGGACGCACUUCUUGCUCACACUGGGUGGAAGCAUGUCCCGCCCAUCAAAUUUCUCCCUGAAGGCAUUGACAAGGACCUCGGGAUUCCUCAUGUGCCUAUCGAAGAGGCGCCACGCGAGGAUUUGGCCGGACAGAAAGAUCUUGUUGCGAAGGCUGACAAGGAAAUCCUGGACCGCUUUCCCCGACUCAAAAACCAGCCUGUCUGGAACAAGGACUAUGUUCCCAUGACCGACAUGAAGGGGAUCGACAGUAACGAUGAGAUCACGCCCUACAAGUCUCUUACACCAUACAUGCUGCAUAACUUCAUAGUUCCGCCCUCCGAGCGUUUCCUCCUCACUCGCGAUACAGCCUUCGCAGGCAUGGUCAGUAACUUCAGCAACAUUAUCACAGCCCAUCUUCAGGGUCUCUGGAUCAGCGCCUACUUCUCAGGUCGCCUUGUGAGAGACCCUGCGAAUGCAGCUGGCGAUAAAGCGGCAAUGAAAAAGUUGCAGUAUGACACCGUUCUGAUGAACCGCUACGGAUUCUGGCGGUACCCAACUGACUGGGGCAACAACAAGUGCCCGAGUUUCGUCUUUGACGCUGUGCCCUACCUCGACCUAUUGCAGCACGACCUGGGACUGACGCCCUGGAGGAAGAAGGGAUUUCUGGCUGAGUGGUACGAUCCUUAUGGUCCCGAGGACUAUCGGGGAGUGAAUGACGAGUGGGAGAGCAAAUAUGGCAGACACAAAGCCGUGAUAUUCUCCGCAGAUUAG